AAUCAUAACGCAGACAUUGUGUGGAGAAUAUUAGAGAGGUAUUCAGUUGCUUUGUAGGCGUGUUGCUUCGUAGCAAAGUGUACAGAUAGGGACAUAACCCAGAUGUCUGUGAAUAGACCUUUGCUCAGUAUUAGGGCUCGGGCUUUUAGAGAAAGGUUACUCGCGUUCAUCUGAUCCAAACAAGAGGCCAUUACGGGGCGACGGGCAGUCAGGAAAAGUACACGGGGAAUAUAACUAACUGUGGAGAGGCGCAGAAAUGUUUUGUAAAUCGCUGGGAAGAAGUGGACUGCUUGCAUAUAAGCAAGAUGUUCCCACUGGACUGAAAUGCGUAACCGCCACGUGUGUGAAUGCGGGAGUCGCGAGACAGCACAACUCGUCCACUGUAAUGGGCAGCACCAGCAAACUGAAGACGAUGGACGACUUGCGCGGCCCCAGCUUUCUAACAUCUCUCUACUGGUUUUUUGGCAAAGGCUACUUUCCGAUCACCCACCAAUUGCAGAUUGAGCACAGCAAAAUCUAUGGUCCUCUGUGGAAGUCCAAGUAUGGGCCAUUAGUGGUCGUGAAUGUGGCAAGAGCAGACCUCAUAGAGCAGGUCCUGAGACAAGAGGGUCGUUACCCCAUUCGAGCUAACAUGCUCCACUGGAGAGGAUACCGGGAGCUACGCAACCAGGCCCAUGGUCCUCUCACAGGAUUAGGGGCAGAAUGGCAACACAUCAGAAGUAUCUUGAACCCUCGCAUGUUGAAGCCAAAACAUGUGUCAGGUUACACUAACGCCAUCAACGGAGUGGUAAAAGACUUCAUAGAGAAGGUGGCUUGGCUAAGGGCAACGAAAGGCAACGGUGUAAUGGUGCCUGACGUUGCUGGAGAACUCUACAAGUUUGCAUUCGAAGGGAUAUGCUCUGUGGUAUUUGAGACCCGAUUGGGUUGUCUGGAUGAGGUGAUCCCUAAGGACACUGAGAGGUUCAUCUUUUCUGUGGGAGAAAUGUUCCGCCUUUCCCCCAUCAUUGAACUUUUCCCGAAGUUUCUGUGGCCCUACAUGCCCUUUUGGAAGCACUUUGUAAACGUAUGGGAUCAUCUGUUCCAAGUUGCUGAAGAUCUAGUAACGAAGAAAAUAGCAGAGAUUGAAGAAAAGGGGAAGAAAGAUCUGCCAGUAGAUGGUGAGUAUCUCACUCACCUGCUGAUCAGUGAGCAGAUGUCCCCCACCGAGGUGCUGGGAAGCAUCACUGAGCUGCUGCUGGCUGGAGUCGACACUACAUCCAACACAAUUUCCUGGGCUCUGUAUCUUUUGGCACAAGAUCCAGAAGCCCAGCAGAAGCUCUACGAUGAAGUAAUCAGUGUUUGCCCAGGUGACAAGAUGACUUCCAGUGAAGACAUUGUCAAAAUGCCUUUUCUGAAGGCUGUGAUUAGAGAGACACUUCGGUUAUACCCUGUGGUGCCAGGGAAUGCUCGAAUUAUUGCUGAAAAAGAAGUAGUGGUGGGCGGUUACCUCUUGCCUAAAAAUACUCUGUUCCACUUGUGCCACUAUGCUGUGUCCUACGAUGAGAACAUUUUCCCGGAGCCCCACACCUUUUCACCACAGCGCUGGCUGCGAAAAGAUAAGCAGUUAAACCAGCACCCAUUUGGGUCUGUGCCCUUUGGGUUUGGUAUCCGUGCAUGCUUGGGAAGAAGAGUAGCUGAACUGGAAAUGUAUCUCGUCCUGUCCCAGUUAAUUAAACACUAUGAAGUGCGACCAGAUCCUACAGGAAAGACUGUCAAACCAAUUACCAGAACUCUGAUGGCCCCAGCCACAUCGGUUGACCUUCAGUUUAUCGACAGGAAGAAGACCCCAGCUAUAGCUGCUGCCUGAUAAUGCGCAAACAAUCUCCUUAAAACUAUUAGCAGUCUUUGGACCACUGUUUUAGACUUAUGAGAGUAGAACUGUACAUCGCAGGUGUAUAGGGAAAUGAAUGCACUAGGAACUGGGUGUAAUUUUAUUAUUUAAAUAACAUAUGCAUUUAACUUGAGUUAACCUAAUUUACCAGUUGGCAGAACCAGUUCUAAAUCUUUGAUGAUGUUUUAAACAAAUAUUUUGAAACGUUAUAUUUUAAUUAUAAUCUGUCCUUGCACUUCUAGAUAUUUUGUGAAUUGUAUAAAACUGAAUUUUAAUCAGGAUCAUUAAUCAUAGUUUAUAUAACCCUUACAUAAAAUAUGCUAUAAUAAUAUUCUAUAUUAUUUGAUAUAUGAUACAUAUUAAGUAGAACAUUGAUCAUGAUAAGGAGAUUUUACAGUUUUCAGUGAGCAACACCAUGGAACAUUUAGGGUCUGGUGGUUGCAUAAAAAACAACAAGCACCGGUUCUUUUCCAUCUGUAGAACACUGUAAAAAAACAUCUUGUAAAAAAACGGUCAAAUCACUGGUAGCAGUGGCUGCCAAACAAAAACCGUAAAAUUAAAGUAAAAUACGUUCAUUCAAAUAAAGUGCAAAAACAAUCAUUCUACAUACAUUUUUCUUAAAUAUUUUACAGGAAAAACACUGUAAUUUUACAGAUGUUUCCUUUAUUAUUAUAUGAUCUCAAAUUGACGCCAAAAAAUUAUGUCAAAAAACAAGUCAAAAAAGCAAAUCAAAUUGACGUCAACAUAUUGAGGUCUUAUUUUGAACACCAAAAUAAUGGAACAAAAGUAAGAAAUAUUUUAUCAGGCCCUUUUGGACACUUUGUUAGUCCAAACAGAUCAAUGUUCUAUACCAGCUUUAUUCCUAACUAGGGUCACAGGGGUCUGCUAGAGCCUAUCCCACCCUGCCAGUCCAUCACAGGGUCACACAUAUAGACAGACAACCACACACUUACUUUUGUGUGAGUAUUCCAACCAACCUAACAUACAUGUCAAACCCGGGAUCCAAACCCAGGACUUUCUUGCUGUGAGGCAACAAUGCUAACCACUAAGCCACCGUGCUGCCCGUGAGACCAAGCCUUAAAAACCGAAAUUAAAAUGACCCCAAAAUUAACAUUACCCUUUUGACAUUACAAAACCAGCUUCAGAUGCCAAAUGCCUUAUAAGAAAAAGUGCUAAACAGCUGAAUUAUUGAUCAAUGUGAUGUCAAACAUUUUAUAUUCAUAUAUUUAAAAAAAAAACUUUAAGUUUUAAAACUUUAAAAAAACAUGUGUUGGUGUAAUGACAAAAGUUAACUAAAUUUCUUUUUAGAAUUACAGAGUUUGAAUGUAGAAAUACCCAUACAACACAUACACAUACAAAUGAGUUUUACUGUAAAAUGAAGGUGGGAAAUGUUAAAAUGUUAUUAUGGGCAUAAACAUUUAAUAUAAUAAGCUACCUGUUUAAUUACAAUUUAUUAUUGUAAUUUGAUGUAAAUUGCUAUGUAAUUUAAGAUAACAGAAAAAAUACAGUUAAAAUAAUACAGUAUUUUUUUGUAAAAAAAAAAAAGAGAAUUACUGUAAUUUUUCAUCAAUGGUAUAAUCCUUAAAAUUGCAGUCAAUUUGUUAAUUUAGAGAUAAUAUUGGUCAUUUUACUAGUUUUUAAAUAUAAUUUUAAAUAACGGGAAACUAUUGUAAAAAAAAAAAAUUAGUUAUUUUCUGUAAAAUUAGGAUUUUUUUUUUUACAGUGAAGAUUAGUGCCAAAAAACAUGAAGAAUCUUACAGUGCCUUUAAUAAAAAUCCCAGAUUCACAUAUUUUUGUACUAUACUGUGAUUGUAUGCUUGGUUUGACAGGUAGCUUUAAGAGGAAUAAUUGUGUUUGUUUAAAAGUGCAGAUAUUUCUUCUUUUAUAAUUUUGUUCCAUUCGUCUAGCUAGCUAUGAUGAUUUAUGCCUAGUGGUUAAGUAAUGUUUGUGUCUUGAACAGAUCUAAACAACAAAUGUAGAUAAGAUCUUAAACUGAUAAUUAUAAUUGUAAGAAUUGUUCAGUGAAAGGAUCAUACUGAAAUAUUGUUUCAGCGCCUUAUUUUUUCAAGAGGUAUGCUUGUUUGUGAGCAAAAGUAUGAAUAGUAUGAAUAAUUGAGAUCGCAUCAAUUAUUGGUGGACUACUACCUAAACCUAUCAUUCAAGUUACAUACUGAUAGCUCAGUGUUAAUCCUGACAUUUGCCUGCCAAAAGCUUAGAGGG